AUGAACUCAUUCAUUCUUAUCGGUGCUCUUCUUCAAUGUUUAUACGUCAUGGCAACACCUCAAGGCUACCAACACUUGGAAGCUCGCCAGGCGGAUGCUCUUGCACCGGUCACGAUCGGAUCGGUCUAUAGACACGCCACAUCCCCGCCAAACUUGAUGACAUGUCAAAGUGGUUUGGACAAGAAAGUUGUCAAUUUGCAGGAUUGCAAAAAGGUUGCAACUUACAUGGCAUCGCACAAGUUGCCGUGCGCUAAUUACAAGUCUUGUGCCUUAAUGACGAGGGCCAGCAUCGGCCAGCCACAGGCAGUCCAAGUAACGUCCUCCACCGAACUUAGGUAUUCCUUCUCCAUGUAUUUCGACGAAUCUUGUCAAGUUACUCGUCAAGUGAAACCGCGUUCGAAAGACUUCCCCGAGACCGUCGACAGUAAUUUAUAUCUCACCGCAGGUAUUUGUGCUGUUGGAGACCCCACUUGUCCUACUGGUGAACAGGUUACUACUUGUUCUCCUGAGGUCUCAGCCUUCUUGAAAGACUUACCAUUGGCUGCAUAG